UGCACCGGCAGGAAGAUGUCGACCUCAUCCUCGCGAUACAAUCUGUGGAGCGCAUAAGUAGCAGCAUAGCCACGCUGACUUUAACCUUUCAAUCCUUUGACCAUUUUGGACUAAUCAAAGCCCUGCCGAGACUCCUCCAGCUCGUCGUGCGCGGCCUGGGAUCCAACCGUGUUGACAUACUUGCCCAGGCAUACACUUGCAUGCCUAGGCUGAAAUCCACCGGACGCAGCCUUGCCCAGCUGGACGUAUGUAAUGCGCCAGAAUUCCUGGUGGAGUGGCUACUGCAGCUAUUCGAUGCGGUCGACGUGCUCCGGCUGCGGCACAUCACGAACACGAAGGCCGCGGCUCUCCGUCGCGACAUCCACGUUGUCAAGCAUCUCGAGACCGCACGCGUCGACAUAGACGUCUUUCCUCACCUUUCUGAAAUCCUCGAAUGCACAACGCUUGGAGAGCUAGCGAUAGAUGUCAACGGCCUCGACAAGGACAGUUCGGAGGCCGUUCUGAACAAUUUCGUACGAAAGUUCGGACAUAAUCUUCGAGCCUUCCGUUACAUCAAUUGCUCAAAAGGAUUGUAUCGCCUUAUCACCCCUAAUCCACCCGUGUUGCAUGCCUACAAAACUAUCGCGUCGGUUACGCUUACGACCAAUGCGUUCACCCCUGGUCGAGGUUCUGCUCGAUGUGAACGGGUCCCCGUCUUCUUGGAGUCGCUGCCAGCAUGCAUUCCCCAUGUCAGACUUACAUGGGACAACGACGCGGAUUUGAGGGAAAACGUGGGGCAGGUCGAUUGGCGUGCGAUCGGCCGGAAGCUUGACGCAUAUGCGAGCCUCAGUUCCGUAGAGAUUGGCUGCAUACAACCUGUGCCGGACCAUGCACUCUUUGUGAAUCAUGCUUCUGCACGGGCUACGGUACUCGAGAGGUUCCCAGAGCGGCUGAGAUCCAUCACUGUGUUUGUUUGAGAACGGCUUUACAGGCUCAUCAUAGCCGACAUUUUU